AUGUCGUCACUGAUUGCCCUCCCUCUAUCGCUAUCUUUCUUCCUCAGCAACAUUCGACCCAACCCCAACCCCUCUCCCCACGCUUUCCAGGGUUUCUGGAAAGGUGCCCCUCAAACCAUCAUGGAGACGUCUCCGCUCAGUCUUGCCCACACCCAUGCACGAAACGCGGUUCUCGAGACUCGCAAGUCGAAUCCGGUCGCGGCCAGUGAGGAGCACGACCUAGCUGCGGGUGAGUUUGCAUCAGCCAUACUAAAGAGCUCCGACCACGAGGCUGUUCGAACCCUCAAGCUCCUCGAGGCCCACCACAAGCAGAUGGCCGAAAUCCUGAGAUUCCAACCUGAACAGCAGGCGGAUGCGACUGCCUUGCCGUCAUUAGAUACCCCUUCUGCAAACCUGACGAGCCAGACCUCGGUGGCCGAAAUCGCGCACUCUCCAAAGACCUCCAGCCAAGAUGCCCAGGUCCAACUCUCACGACCACCCCGACUCAUCAGUCGCGAAUCCUCCUCGAUCGCCAGUAAUUUGGCCUCGGCGAGAGGUAUUCCUUCCCACCCUCAGCGGGGAUCGCCAGUGUCGCCGUCCCUCUCUUCACACCAGGCCGGGGCGAAGAUGACGGAAGUAUCGUCUCGCACGAGUGAAACCCGAAUUAAGAAUCGCCAGAGCCGAGCAAACGCAACUCGACCACCUUGGUCUCCGCCGCUGCCCAGCACUUCCGAGAUCUCUUCUCAUGAAGUUGUGCCCCGGGGGUCACCGAACACACGCAGCCGGCCGGCAAAGAUCCUGCCACUGGCGAUACCUUCCAACGAUUUUACUCCACCUUUGAAGGCACCCUUGGCAUUCACGGGUCUCCCUAUGACCUCCGAUGGUUCUACAAAAACAGAAACUGGCAAUCGCAAGUCGCUCGCCACGGCCAAACUAGAUCGCCAUCAGGCCCACUCCGAUCGGAAAUCUUCAAUCCAGGAUUCGCCGGAUGUAAGCCGGCACUUUUCACGAGCAGCAUUGCGAUCCAUUCAAGAGAACAAUGGCACCAGCCCGAACAACACGGCGGAAUCUUUCUACGUUGUGCCGACCACUGGCGGGACGAUGUCGUACGCUGGCAUCUUGUCACGAGCUGAGAAAGAGGCUCGGCGAAAUAGCGCUGACGAUGGGAACGAAAACUUUGUCGAUGCACGAGAGAUGCAAUCCUCCCCGGAAAUGCUACAGAACUCAGCCAAGAAACCCCGCUCGCGGCGUAACAAUCAUGGUAUCGAGGAGGUGUACUUCCCCAUGAGGACCCCGAAAACCAUGGAGGAACUAGCAGUUGAGAACGAAGCGCUGAAGGAACUCUCGGACACACUCUCCAAGCGGCUGCAUAUGUGGGAGGUCAAUGCACAAUCCUCGUCCAUGGCAUUGCAGCAGUCCCUGAGGGCGAUGCACAACCAAAAUACCGGAUCGCCUGAUCUCCGCACUCCCGGUUUGUCGGCUGGUGUUUCGACGGCGCUCUCUUCGACGACCGAAUCCGAUCCCAAGGUCAAAGAAUUACAAGAUAUUCUCCUCAAGAGCGAGCAGAAGUUGGAGCGGGCUGCACGCGAGAACGACCGGCUUAAAAAUACCCUCGGUCGCUAUCGGGAACGAUGGGAGAAGUUGAAGGAGGGUGCGAAGACUCGACGGGAGAGCCUGGUUGCCGAAGGCGAAGGCAGCAAGAAGCCCGAUACCACGAUAUCUCCGCACCCUGACAUCGAGUCGCCCAACAAAUCAGAAGCAGAGACAGAAACCGAGCGAGCCGCCGCAGUUGGUUCCUAG